AUGACAACUCCAAUCAAUUCUCCAAGCUACAGCUACAGUUUUACAAACCUCUUGCACCAUGCCGGAACACCACCACUAACACCCCUUUUCUGUACCCAAACUCCUACUUUUUAUACCCAAUCACCAGAACCCGGUACACCACUAACACCAGAUGAUGAACCCAUUGAUGAGAGCGCAGCAGGGAGUUCCCGAGAAGCAAGAAAAAGGUGGACAGUGCCGGAAGAUAAAGCUCUGAUAAGCGCGUGGUUGAACACCAGCAAAGAUCCCGUCACUGCGACUGACCAGAGAGGUGGCGCCAUUUGGAAACGGGUGACAACCUACUACUCUGAAUGUGAAGCUGUGAAGAACAUGACUCCAAGGGAGUGGAAUAAUUGCAAACGGAGGUGGCAGAAAAUAAACGAGGGAUGUCAGAGGUUUUGCGGUUGUUUCGAGCAGGCAGGACGACAAGCUACAAGCGGCCAUUCGGACGAUGAUGUCUACCAGAUGGCAUACAAAUUCUUCUAUCAGGAUCAGAAGUCCAACUUCCUGCUAGAGCAUGCGUGGAGAGCUCUUAGGAACGAACAAAAGUGGUGUGAGCUAACCAAAGGGAAAGGAAAAGCACAUGGCAAAAGGGCGCAGCCACAUACCUCCGCAGAAGGCAGUCCAAUGGAAGACAAAGUCGAGGUGAGACCCAUUGGGGUGAAAGGAGCGAAGGCGGCAAAGCUGAAAGGGACUAAUAAAACUGUCCCUCGAACCAAGGAAGAAAGAGAGGCCUCGCUAAAGAAACUUCAGACUGUGGCUGCGUUAAGAGAGAAAGAAUUUGAGAACAAGGAUAAGUUAGCCGAUAAGCAAUUGCUUGACACUCUUUUAGGGAAAACCGAGCCACUAACAGAGAUAGAGAAUGCCCUUAAGAAUACCCUAAUUACUCGGAUCUAUUCGCUUUAG